AUGACCCGCGUCAUAAGGAGAGCUGGCUCGGUCAGGCAUGGCCCCGACCGGGCUACGCAAAGAAGAGCGAGAAGACACAAGGUUAUUAUGGAAUCGGUCACCCAAGAAAAGAAGAAGCUUCGGAGUGUUAUCUGUUUUGAAGCGCAAGCACCAAGCGGCUACACCUUCAUUCCUGCGGGAAAUCCACAACUCACUACAACGUGCAAGGAGCGAUGUCGAGACGAGGGUCUCCAGAUCUACGCAGUAUCGACUACGCCCCACCAUCGCCAUCAUAACCUGUCCCAGCAUGUUCAUCGGAUAGGGUAUCAUUUCCCUAGUACCGUGGUGGCAGCUGUUUGCUCAGAACUGGGGUUCUACCUCACAAGCACCGGUAAAACAGUGCCUAGUACCUUCCCCAUCCAGAAACUAGAGAACAACAUUCGGGGAGAAUCUGAAAUUUCUCAACAAACCCUCAACACAGAAGCACGGGACGCCUUGAAGGAUCUCUUUCCAAACAUGCCAGAGAAGGAUUUGAAUCAAAUUAUCAAGACUGCUUUUCAAAAGGGUCAGAAAAAGGUUGGGACUGCCACCGAAUUGCCUUUGGCUCGCAGAGCCCAACUCGCUGUGGUUGCUCACGUUCGGCAUGUCUACACUGACUACGAUCGCCUUUUGAAAACCACUUCCUUCCACGAAGCAAGAGGGGUUGUGGAACACACAACUCUAGCAAAAGUCAUUGAGUGGCGAGGAGACGAUGAGAACGGCCAGACAGUUCUGGAAGAUGUUUUCCGCGAGGUGAUCGUUAUCUCGGACGACGAAGACAGUGAAUCAGAAGAAGAUGCGGUUGCUUCAGCAGGUCACCAGGACACCAGUGUGGAAAUACUUGCAAGCGAUACUCGGGCCCAUGAGAUCCGAUGCCAGCCUAUGGACAAUACGAAUUCUCUUGGUCAGGAUCUUCCACGGGAACUAUCCGAGGAGGCACCACCUGGGUUCCGAUUUGUCACAAGAGCCCCAGCCACGGAUACCAUCAACCGUCGAGGAUUUAACAGGUACAAAGCAUGGACCCGAGCUGUCAAGGAGUAUAGAGAGGGUAUACAGGGCACCGAAGAACCGAGGUUUUCCGGUGCCCCCGCUGAAAAGCAAAGCCCUCGAUAUGCCGAGCAACGCAUUACUAAGGAAGUACCUGCUGCUAGGCGCCAGGAUAUAGUUCCUCAACACGCCGAGGUUCAUCGGCGAGUCGCUCCAGGCUCAGCCAGUAAUGAUAACCAAGCACAUCCAGUGCUCGCUAUUCCACUAAUGGACCGACAGAGACAUGUAGGUAUCCAGGAGAACUAUCUUCACUCGGAUGUCCAACAGAAUUAUUCAACCUAUGAUAUGAACGCCAGGCCAACUGGACUAACUAAUAAGGAAUCACCCGAGUUACAAAUCCUAGAAGAACUCUCUGGGCCCAGGAAUGUGAUCAUGAGCCACUCGCAGGAUGUCCCUCCCUCUAGGAUGGAGCCCAUAUUCCGACAAGAAAGACUGCCUCCUCAGUCGGACAGGACCAACGCACCUGUGUUUGUGAGCGGACCAAAGGAAAAUCGCCAGAAAUUGACCCCAGUGGGACGGUACCCUGACUCCGUCAAUACCCCUCUUCUCAGACCAGGUUCAAACACACAGGACUCUAUCUUGCCCUCAAUCGAAAACCCCCGGCCAAUAGAAAGCCGGUGGACUGACGCUUCGCAUCCUUUGGUACAUAUGACCAACAAAAUGUCCCUCCGAUCGGUCACGCCAGGGUAUUCUCAAGGAGAGAUAGGGCAUCAUCCCGAUGCCAUCGAAAAGGAAGGUGACAGCGAACACGCGAGCAAAAGAAGGCGUCUGACAUGUCGUGAACGUUCUCGAACCGAGUCCCGCCCAGACCCGUGGAGUGCAAGGCCUAUGGGACUUCCCGUUUCCGAAGGAUUCGCGCCACACCCUUAUCGUCGCCUUGAGCUUGUCCAAGACCACCGACCCAAGGAGCUACCUCAUUUCCGUCGGGACUAUCUGCCAGUGGAACAACCCCCUGUUGUAGGAUACCAGCGGGAAAGGAACCAGAACUCGCUUUCUUAUUCCAACGCACAAUAUGGCCUAGAAACAAGGUCAGUCUUGGGUCGACAGCAUAUCAGCGGACCAUACGAGCCUAAAGCUCAGGCUGGGCUUUCCAGUACCAGUAUCGUUGUCUCGGAAGGGGAUCGCACCUUCCGAGCGGCUCCAGCCGUAUCCAAUUCCGGACCGUGGCAUCCUUACCAUGGUGAUCGUAGUUUCCGUUCGGACCGUGCUCCGAAAGAGCCGCGGGCUAUGCGGCACACCCGCAUUGAUAGUGGCCGCCCUUUAUCAGAGAACGUCCACACAGACAGGAACCUUUAUGCCGAGGACUUUGUCCGGCAUGUUGACCACCGUGAGCCCCCUCCACUUGAAUACGUCUCCAGGCGCGCCGGACCAGAGGCCACGCCCAUUGGAGAACCGUCUCAGUCCACCCGGAUUAGAGACUUUGACUACCUUGGCACAAAGAAUUUGUCUCAAGUUUCGUCGGAUCAACGUGGCUCAUUGCCCAAAGGACCGCGAGUGACUCCUUCCCAUGAUCACCUUCGCACCUUUUCAGACUCUAUCAUAGGAAAGCUCCAGCCUCACGUGUCCCCCCAUGAAAGACCAGCCAGCGGCGGGUUCAACUCCUUGCGACCAUCCUCCAAUUACCCUUCCUCAUCCCAAACUACGGAGCAGGAUCGCCCAGUCUAUGUUCAAAGAGUUGAACCACGUCCACCCUAUCCCCUCCCUGAUGGAAGACAUUUCGUGAUUGUGGAUUAUUAA